AUGGCGUGCCCAUGUGGCGUGGCAUGGAUUACGUGGCGUGUCAUCGACUACGUGGCGAGCGGGCGGGAGCUUGGCACCAAGAUCGGUGGUGCCAAGCCUUUUACCUCAUCACCGGUCGCGCCGCCGCCCUCGAAGCCUGCCGCCGCCGCUGCCGGCGCCGUUGCCACCGGAGGCCUCCCGCCCCCCGCCAGGCGCCCGCCCGCCCGGAGCCGCCCCGUGCCGGCGCCCCCCGCGCGGGCCCCUGCGGCCGCCCCGUGCCUGCGUCUGCCCGAAGGCCGCCCGCCCCCGUCCGGCGCCCGCCCGCUCGGAGCCGCCCCUUGCCCGGCCGCCUGGAGGCACCCCGUGCCCGCGCCCGGCCGAAGGCCGCCCGGCGGCUGGAGCCGCCCUGCCCGACGCCCCCCGCGCGGGCCCCCGCGGCCGCCCCACGCCUGCGUCUGCCCGAAGGCAGCCCGUCCCCGUCCGGCGCCCGGCCGCUCGGAGCCGCCCCUUGCCCGGCCGCCCGGACUCGGCGCCCAGAGCUGCCCCGCCCGACGCCCCCCGCACGGGCCCCCGCGGCUGCCCCGCGCCCGCGCCCGCCCGAAGGCCGUCCGCCCCCGCCCGGAGGUCGCCCCACCAGUGAGGUAA